AAACCUAAAGGUGAGUGAACACAUGAAGUGUAGGCGAACGAUGUGCACGCGCUGGCCGCUCGUUCUGUUGUAUCGAGAGAUAAAAGAAAAACCUACUUCCGGUGUGGUUGCGAAACGACGCUUUUUCGGAUAACGACGCGUUCAGGUGACGAUUUUCUCCGUUUUUGUGCGUUAAUUAUGUAGUUAAAGAGGGAUUUUUGGAAUUUUGACAGGGAAACAUGCGGCUGGAUGCUGCGUCCACGGCCCUUCUCUUCCUCAGCGCUGCCUCUGCUGUGAUUGUUCCACCUCCGACAAACGUGAGUGUGUUCUGCACAAACCUUCACGUCACAGUGAGGUGGACGUACAGUGACAAACAGCCACAAACUCGCUUCCACGUGAGAAUCCAAGGCUCUGACGGUGCUGGGUCUGAGAAUGAAACCACGGAGCACGAGUACGACCUGACUCAUUACAUCUGGCAGAGUGAUCUGCAUUACAUGGGCUUUAUGUACGUCACAGUCACAGCUGUACAGGGCGGGGAACGGUCCCUGUCUGUGAACACGCCUUCUUUCACCUUCAACGGCCUCAAGAAGGCUCACGUCACCUGUGCGUUAGAUUUCCCUCCUGUGAACGUGGCAGCAGAGGAGGCGGCGACCGCCGUCACGUUCCACAAUCCCUUCCACUUCUACACAGAGCUGAGGAAUUCUAAGAGGAACGGCGACGCUUUCAUCGAGUUCACUGUCGUCUCAGACCAGGGGGCGCUCGCACACACUGUCUGUCGGUCGACUCAGAUCGUCUGCAGGUACGACCUCAGUGUGUCGGACGACGUGGAGAAGUGCGUCACGCUCAGAGGACGGUUGGACUACGGCAACAACGUGGAAUAUGUGCUGUUCAAGGAGACCGAGCGCAUCUGCGCUCACACGCCAGGUUCUCACAUCGUGGUGACCACAGUUCUGCUGGUCGUCCUCGUCCUCGUUGUCCUCAUUGUGUCCAUCAGCAUCUAUGCGGUGAAGGCGUGGUCACUGAAGCCCUUCCCCAAACCCACGCUCCCUGUUCCGGUCCUGACAAAUCCCGACAGAGGCCGACACUUUUUCCCGGUGACCGGAGAAGAAUUCCACCGCGUGACUGUGCUCAUCCACGGCAGCAGGAGUCCGUCACUCUGCUCCGAGGGCGGAGACUGUCAGGGUGGAGGAAGUGGUGACGCGGGCAGAGGAGGAGGAAGUGGUGACGCGGGCGGAGGAGGAGGAAGUGGUGACACGGGCGGAGGAGGAAGUGCUGAUGCGGGUGGCGGUGUGUAUCUGCAGCCGCCUCCAUUCGCGUCGCUCUACACGGACGGACGACUUUUAGAGGACAGCAGUCAGGACCUGGAGGCUGUGGGGUUGAUGUCCACGGGACACGGGACAGACGACGACUCUGUGAAGACCGAGUGCUUUUGUAUGGAGGAGGAGGAGGGGGAGGAGCCAAACGCUGAGCCCCUCCCAGAGGACAACCGAAGUCACUACGACCGACCGCACAUUUUGUAGGUGGAGGAGCAGAGACAUGGACUUGACCGUGCGACGGACGUCAUGGUUCAGGAUUAAAGUUCUUAAUCCAAGAUCUUCUCAGGAUCAUGACUGUAUGGCGAGUGCGUGCU